AUGACAUCUAGAUUGAACCAGUUGAAUCCUCGAUGGAAAAACCAGGAAAUCAUGGUCAAAAUCUUGAAGAAGUGGGUCGAGAUUAGACAGUAUCGACCAAAUGUUCUCCACUUCCUGCUUGUGGAUCAACAAAGGACCAAAAUUCAUGCCUAUGUCAAAAUCGAUGAUGAGUUGUUUCAAUACUGGCAUCAACGCAUGUACGAGGGUCAAUGGAAAAUUCUGAGAAGAUUCGUUGUGGUAAACUCACAUGAGACUGUAGAUAGGUUUGCGGAUAAUCCCUUUGAGUUAAUUAUCAACGAGCAAACGGUAUCGGAUACUACAGCUCAGGGACAAGAUCGUCCUCACUACAUGGUGUUUGAAGAUUUCAAACAAGUUAAGGCUGGUCAGCGCUUGACACCUAAUCCAUUAGAUUUCAUAGGUUAUCUUGACUCUGUUGAGAAACCAACCUGGGUGCAUGACCGCACAUUCACUUUGACGGACGAGAAAACAACUGCAAAGAUUAAAUUUACCCUCAAAGACACUUGUGUCUUGGCGUUACAAAUCGAUGAUAGGUGGUGGAAGAACGGAGACAACGAAGUUAUUAUGACCUUAAGCGACUGGAAAAUUGGUUACAUUCCAAGAACUGGGGAGUAUUUGAUCAAGUCCGUCGCUGGGAUUUCUCGGUUUGAAUUCAAUGCAGAAUUGAAAGUUGUUGAUGCUUUCAGGAAAGAGUAUUUCGAGGAGAAGGACAACUCCUCAACAUCGCAAAGCAGCUCCUCUGUUUGGGAGUCUUCAGAGACCACUUCAGAUUCAAGCGGCUCGGAUGAGAGCGGCUCUGGUGCUGGACCUUCUAGAACGGCUGGAAAUGGUUCAGGAAAUGCCACAGAAGUUAUAAUAAUCGACGAAUUUUUUAGUUGA